AGAUGUCAACUCAGAAAACGAGUCUGAGGAGGAACCAGAUCCAGGGCUUUUCCAAGGCUGCAAUGAAAAUCAGCUGGAGCAGCAAUAUGCGACUUCAAGAUGUCAGAUCCUGACUGACUUGAAUGGUCCUUUUGCCAAGUGUCACUCUGCAGUCCAACCAGAUUUCUAUUUCACGAGCUGCCUGUUCGAUAUGUGUGUGGAAGGAGAUGAGGUUGCUACCUUGUGUCGCAGUCUGGAGGAAUACGUGCUGGCUUGUCAGCAGCAAGGAAUCAGUGUGGACGGCUGGAGGCAACAGACAGACUGUGGUAUAUCAUGUCCUGCCAACAGCAAGUACAGCUCAUGCAUGUCUGCAUGCCCAGCAUCCUGCAACGACYUGACCAGCCCCUCUGAGUGUGAAUCACCCUGUGUUGAAGGCUGUGAAUGUCUCCCUGGUUAUGUUCUCAGUGGCUUUGACUGUGUGCCUUACAAACAGUGUGGCUGCACAUACCUUAACAAGUACUAYGAGAUUGGAGAAAUAUUCACAACUGAUGACUGYUCUCAGAUAUGCCAGUGCACAGAAAGUUCCACUGUUUUCUGCUCUGAUGAAGUGUGUGGAACUGGCGAAAUCUGUGGCAUUUCAAACUACAGCCGUGGAUGCUACAGGAGUGGCCCAUGUAUGCCAAAUCCUUGUAAGAAUGAUGGCAUUUGCUCUGAAACAACCAACAGCAGUUCCCUCCACCUCUGUGAAUGCUCAGAACUCUACACAGGACCAAACUGCGAGACUGAAAAGAUAGCUGAAGACCCUGACACAGARGAUUCGAACCACACAAUUGCCAUUGUCAUUGGAGUUGUGGCAGGUGUAGCUGUUAUUGUCAUUCUCAUCUCCUCUACAAUGUACCUGCUCAGAAGGAAGAGAAAGGUGGAUACAGUUAUAAUAACAAGGGACUCUUCUUUGAAACUGUCCAGGGAUAAAUCGGAUGCCAGAGCACGUGAGCAAGAUUAUGGCUGCAUMGUGAACAGAGCAUUUGAUCAAAAUGAAUCCCCAAAUACACACCUAUAGUUAACAAUAUUAUUCCUAUUCAUUUGUCAUAUUUUCUUAUUUUAAUUGUAUUUCUAAUC